UGUAUUUUAUUCCAACACACACGUUGACGUCACGUACGUCACGUGGUAUAAUACCAAGCCGCUAGCAAGCUAACGCUUUUUAGCACUGCUGUCAACAAACGGAUAUGUUGCUUUUUUCAACCAGUCUUUCAUCGAAUUUUCAUUGAAGACGUCAAUCAUCAGCUUUUUGUCAGGAGCUCUUUGUGAGCAGCAGGAGCCCUAGGCUGUGCCACUGUAGAGAGAAGAAUCAAUGGUGUGCAGAGUUGCCACACCGCCUUGUGCACGCUGGAUGAACGCAACGUUACUCAGCACACAACGGCAGCACAUUUAUGGCGUUUGUGAGGGUGCCGCACUGUGGAGACUUUUGCCAGGCACAGCACCAGCACCUGUGAGCAGCCUGCAGCCAAACAUAUGAAGAAAUACCCCACCAGAAGUCGACCAGUACUCCUGGAGAGAGAGAGGCUGAUAUUUCUCCAAGUAUAUGGCUUGGAUUGAGCUAAUCCAGCCACUAAACAACCACUAAAUAAUUCCUGAAUGGGCUAGUUGGGAUUUAAAAUCUAAAGGGAUACCCCUUUUCUUUCUUUUGUUUCCUUUUCAUAUUCCACUUUUUAUUUACUUUCGCCCCAUUCUCCAUAGCCUAUAUCUUUCAAUAACCACCUUUAUACCCAAUCUAGCUACCAUUGUGGAGUACUUUUCUCUACUACUGUACUGUACACCCUCUCCUGGAAGACUGCCUUCUCUGUCUGUCAAGAUGAAUCGCCCCGCCCCUGUUGAGAUCUCCCAUGACUGUAUGAAGUUUCUGAUCACCCACAAUCCCACCAACUCCCAGCUGGUGAAGUUUAUAGAGGAUCUGAAGGCUUUUGGAGUGCAGACACUGGUCAGAGUGUGUGAUGCCACUUACGACAAAACCCCUGUGGAGCAGGAAGGCAUCACUGUUGUGGAUUGGCCCUUUGACGAUGGUUCUUCACCCCCUGAACAAGUCGUUGAUGACUGGCUCAACCUCCUGAAGUGUAAAUUCAGAGAGGAACCCGGUUGUUGCAUUGCAGUGCAUUGUGUGGCGGGGUUGGGUCGAGCCCCAGUCCUGGUAGCGUUGGCGUUGAUUGAGUGUGGGAUGGAGUAUGAAGAUGCUGUUCACUUUAUAAGACAAAAGAGACGUGGAGCCUUCAACUCAAAACAACUAAUGUACCUCGAAAACUACAAGCCCAAGAUGCGUCUCCGCUUCAAAGAUGCUAAUGGACAAAAUUGCUGCAUUCAGUAAGAAGAUAAGCGGUAUUGUCAAGAUUUACUCAACAAAGAAACUGACUACUAUAAGAAAAGUUAUUGAUUAUAUUCAAAUAAUAAAAAAAUAUACUCAAAGAAAAAAAAGUUAUUGAUUACCAGUCUAAAUAGUAACAUUUAAUUUGAUCAAAGUAAACAAUGUGAAAAGACCAGUUAGAGAUUAAUCUGAGUUGUUAGCACUGCUGUUUUCCUCAACUACUGUAGUGAUUCAUUAAAGCAAGAUGUUUAAAAUUGUUCCUUGUUGUUGGUGGUGUGAUCAUGUAUGAGUUGUGCAAAGGCUGAAAUCUGUUUUUGUUUAACAGCCUUUGAUAGUAUUACAUAUUUAAAAAAAUAAGAUCAUCAAGGAAGAGCACAAAUCUGCAUAAAUACUGUAUUUACCUGGUAUUUCCUACGAAAUUCUGUGGUAGAAAUGAAUUAUAACUUAUCUCAACAUAUUUGGGUAACUGCCUGGUACCAAAUGGGGAUUGCUGUAUUUGAAUGACUCAUGAAUCAACAUGUAAUUUAGGCCUAUAGGUAUUACCGUUGUAUUACCAUUUACCAUGUAAUUUCAGAGUAAAUACCUUAAUUGUAUUUCAGUUUUUGUGCUGUAAAUAAGAGUGUAACGUGAUCAUGUUUUGGAUGAUGAGCACCACCACUACAAUAUGUAGGCCUACACACAUUAGAAAACCUCAAUAAAUUAAGUUAAUACAAUUAA